AUGUUAUUACUGAAAACUUUCUCAAGAUCUUGUUCCUGUAGUAUCCCACUUGCUAUUAGGUCCGGGUCAUUUCAACACAAUCAACGACUUGCUUUCCAUUCGGCUCCGCCACGUGGGUUCCCUAGACGUCCCCCACAUAGGUCAGCAGUGUUCCGAACUACACAACAACCAAUAAAUUCAAAUAAUACAACUUCCACGGAAACAAAACAAUCACUGUCACCGACUUCUUCUUCAUCAUCAUCAAAUGAAUCAAAAACCACCAGCACCACUACAUCAUCAUCUUCUUCUUCUUCUUCGACAAAACCUAUCGAUCCUCCAGAUCAGAAAACUCUAUUGAAUAAAGAUUCUGAAGUUACAGAACCACCCAACAAUGAUGCUGCUGCUGCUGCAUACAACAACAAGAGUAUUCAUGAAUUACCAUUUACUUCGCCAUUUUUCAACUAUGAUUCAAAAGAUGGCUCAGGGAUCGAAUCCAUCAAAAGUUCCAAAGACAAUACUACCCCUAACACAACCCCAAAAAGGACAUUUGAACAAGUUCUUAAAAAUGAUACAACUCCUCUACAUGCCGAAGGUCAUUGCUCGUUAGAAGAUCGUGAUGGAUCUGAAGUUUUAAACCUGCAAGAAAAAAAUUCACCCAAAUCUGACUCACAAGAAGCCUCAUCUAUAACUACUGAUGACUUAUCGCAAAAAGCCAUCAAUGAUCUGCCUUCGGUUAAAGAAGCUAAAAGCUUUGGUGCUACCAAAUGGCUUAACAGCAACUUAGACAAAUUACAACGAUAUAUAUUCACUGCAAGUCAAACCCUUAACGAUUUCACCGGUUAUUCGUCUAUUGGAGCACUUAAAAAAUCUAUUGAGCGCCAAGAAUCUUUUCUUGCUGACUGUCGCGAACGUGUGAGAACUUCUAAAGAACGUUUUGCCCAAGCAAUUGCCAGUCGUUCUGCAUCUCAGCGCGAAGUAAACGAACUUCUUCAACGUAAACAUAUGUGGUCACCCCCUGAUUUGGAACGAUUUACUGAGCUCUACCGCAGUGACCAUACUAAUGCUCAUGCUGAAGCUGAUGCUGAAAAGAAGCUUGCUGAAGCUGAACGUGAGUCUGAAGAAGCCCAAAACCAACUUUCACGACUCAUCUCAGCAAGAUACCAUGAAGAACAAAUUUGGAGUGACAAAAUUAGACGGGCUUCUACUUGGGGGACCUGGGGACUUAUGGGUAUCAAUAUUUUCCUCUUCAUUAUUGUGCAACUUUUUGUCGAACCUCGCAAGCGUGCACGCAUGGUGAGCUCUUUUGAAGAUGUUAUGGAGAAGCAUUUUGAAGAACAAAAGUCUGAACAACAAGCAAUCCUUGCUGCUGCUGUAGCAGGGUCUACCAAAAAUGCGGAUGCUAAAAAGGAUGAAGAGUCAUCUGCCACUUGGUCUCAAGAUGAUCGUAAAGUACUCGAACGCAUAAGUGAGCUUGCCGAAUCUGAGAACCAAAUGCUGCAACGCCUGACAGCCGUGCUGCCGGGCAUUUCUGAACCUGCAGAAAUAUUUUCUGAUGAGGAACUUACUUCUUCACCCUUUGCUGAAUCAGAAUUGUCAUCUUCCUCCGUUUCAAUAGGAUCUCUUCCUCCAGGCUCACUUACCUGGAAAAACCUUCCCCAUCGUUUACUUGGAGACAUUAUUCCAUUUGUCAAAUCUCGCGUUAAUGGUGGGAAGAAAAAGGCACAACAACUUCAACAACAGCAGGAAACAUCAGGAUCUUUGCCUUCUGGUGAUGAUGAUGAUGAUGGACAUGGUAAUGCCAUCAUUACUAAUAAGCACUACGAACUACCUGAAGCUUUGGUUGUACGACCAAUUGAGUUUGCAGGUGUUGCAGGAGCAGGCGCCAUGAUUGGCGUGCUACUAGGCGUGUUAGUCACACUUAUCGCCAAAAAUUAG